AUGCUCCCCAUCCUGAUCGUCCUAACCCUCCUCUCCAUCACCUCCCUCCUUGCCUACAUCCACCAACUCCACUCCAACUUCCACAAAUUCGCCGCCAUAACCAAACUCCAAGAAGACGAACUCAAGCGAAUGCAAAGAUGGAUCCUCAACCACCGAUUCCUCGAGCCAGAGGCUUCGAUCGUACGCUUACCGGACGAUAAGAUGAUUUCAAGAAUCUCGAAUGAGGAGGAGGAGUCCAGGUUGGGGGAGUUGUUCGCACGGGAGUUGGAGAUUUUGGAGCAUCUUUAUGGCGAUAUGGACAAUGAUGAACUCGGAUCAGAUCAUAUGCCUUUCUCGUACAACGCAUAUAAGGCUGCGCGGGGAAGUACAUCCUGCUUGUACCUCACACAAGAACAAAUCAUCAAGAACAAACAGUCAACAACGUCUUUCCAAGACUUCCAGGCCAGCGUCGAGGCUACCUUCAAAGCCUACCACGAGGAGACGAGUCAGCGAAUCCGUCGUUUGGAAGAAUCCGUCUGCUCAAGGCAGGUGAGCAUCCGUCAGGAGGCUGUCGACUAUGGACACAAGGCUCCUCAGGAGUAUGGUUCCCGUUUCGAGUACGUCACCCCAAAUAGCCAUGGUCCGCGGCAUAUGAUCAGAGAGACUAUCCCAUUGAUCUUCAUUCGUCCAAAGUACGCCCCGAUGUCCCGCAUCGUCAGCGACCACUACGAGGACUACGAACCCUUCGAUAGCGACUCAAUCCUACUCCAGCCGAUCCUCCUGUCCGUCAAAGACGCCGUCAUCAUCCACGAACUAGGAUGGGGCCGUAAGCGGUCAAACAAGCCUCACCCUGGGCAAGUGCCGACCACGGGCUACUCUAGUGACUGGAAUCCCUUCCACGAUGAGGACAUCGUCAUCGGAUCGAACAGCGGGUUUGCACCAGGUGCUUCUGGUAAUCCUGGGAGUGGUGGGUCGGAUGGUUCGCCAUCGCGGCCGAAUACGCCUCCUUCGACUUCGCCUGUUCCGUCUUCGUCUGGUACUAGUUCGUCUUCUUCUAGUGAGGGUAGUAAGAAGAAGUCUGAUGCUGGUUCGACCGGAAAUAAGGAUCUCGAGAAGGGCAAAGAGAAGGACAAUGCUGGCUUGAGCCAGGUCCAGUGA